AUGACGACGGCACAAAAGAUCAAAGAUAUCGAGGAGGAGAUGUCCAAGACGCAGAAGAAUAAAGCGACAGAAUAUCAUCUCGGACAGCUCAAAGCAAAAUUAGCCAAAUUACGAAGAGAGCUCAUCAAUCCUCCUGGAGGUGGAGGCGGAGGUCCGGGGAUAGGUUUCGAUGUAGCACGUACUGGUGUAGCAAGUGUUGGAUUUGUUGGUUUUCCCAGUGUUGGAAAAUCAACCCUCAUGUCGAAAUUAACAGGAACAUACUCCGAAGCUGCUUCAUACGAAUUCACAACUCUCACCACUGUACCCGGUACUCUCACUCAUAAUGGAGCCAGAAUACAAAUCCUCGAUUUACCAGGAAUCAUAGAAGGUGCAAAAGAUGGUAAAGGUAGAGGAAGACAAGUUAUAGCCGUUGCUAGGACUUGUAAUCUCAUCUUUAUCGUCCUUGACGUUCUUAAACCUCUUGUCGAUCUAGCUAUUUUGACAAACGAAUUGGAAGGGUUCGGUAUACGAUUAAAUAAAAGACCACCAGCGAUAAGUAUAAAAAAGAAGGAAAGUGGAGGUGUUGCAAUAACGAACACUGUACCAUUGACUAAAAUCGAUGCGAAUGAGAUAAGAGCUGUUUUGAAUGAAUAUAGAAUGAGUAAUGCCGCUGUUACUAUACAUGAACCUGAUGCUACGGUUGAGGAUUUUAUCGAUGCUGUUGAGGGAAAUAGGGUAUAUGUUCCGGCAAUUUGUGUGUUGAAUAAAAUCGAUGCUAUCAGUAUAGAGGAAUUAGAUCUCUUAUACAAAAUUCCAAAUUCCGUUCCCAUCUCUUCAAAAUUAUGGCUCAACAUAGAUGAACUUCUCGAUGUUAUGUGGGAUAAAUUAAAUUUAGUCAGAAUAUAUACAAAACCAAGAGGACAACAACCAGAUUAUUCAUCACCUGUCGUUCUACGUAGAGGUAGAUGUACGGUUGAGGAUUUCUGUAAUGCUAUUCAUAAAGAAAUCGUCAAACAAUUCCGGAAUGCGAUGGUAUGGGGUACGUCGGCUAAACAUUCAAGAGGGCAAAAGGUGGGGUUGGAUCAUGUGCUAGAGGAUGAAGAUAUCAUAUGCAUUUACAAAAAGUAG